UGUGCAGCAGGAGGUAACCUGGCGAGUGGUAGGGGCGCUUCUUUGGUGCUGUGGCUCACGUUUUGGUAUUAGAGGCCGAGACUGUCCUGGCGACGGCGACCUCUGCGGCGACGGCUUAGGCUCUCGGAGGAGUGUCAGAGUACGGUCCGGAGAAGGGGCUUCUGGUCAGUCAGAUUCUGUCAUAAUGAAUGGAUCCAGUGUGGUGAAUACAUCGCCCAAUGUAAAAUCCAAAGAGGACCAGGGGUUAAAUGGGCAUGAUGAGAAGGAAAACCCAUUUGCAGAGUACAUGUGGAUGGAGAAUGAAGAGGAUUUCAACAGACAGGUGGAGGAGGAACUGCAGGAGCAAGACUUCUUGGACCGCUGCUUCCAGGAGAUGCUGGAUGAAGAAGACCAAGACUGGUUUAUUCCAUCACGAGACCUGCCUCAGGCCAUGGGACAGUUGCAACAUCAGUUAAAUGGACUGUCGAUCAGCGACGGUCUCGAUUCUGAAGAUAUUUUGAGCAAAAGUAACCUGAACCCAGAUGCCAAGGAGUUUAUUCCAGGAGUGAAGUACUGAGCCGGCAGAAAGCUCUGAGGAGGACUUGUCUUUCCCCACAUCUGGGGAUAGUAAUGCACAAAAGCGGGAAGCAGAUUUGGGGGGUGGGAGGGCAAGGGGUGCACAUUGGGCAAGGGGAAUGGUGGUUUAAUGAUACUGUGACUCUGAGUAACUGACGUGCUCAGUCUUACUCUACAAGCCUCUGGUUAUUUCUCCUUUGUUCUACUGACUUUCGUUUGGAGCGGUUUCCUGUUUUGUUUUUUAUAUUAGCUCUUUUGAUUAAGGAA